GCAAUUGCAGACAUUUUUCAAAAACAUCUGGCAUCUCUGAUGUAUAUAAAUAAUUGAAACCUGCUUCUGUAAAUUUAUCUAACUUAUAGAUUUCUAUUUUGUAUUAGUAUUAAAUUUAAAAAUUCAGGUCUCAUUAUGCUGAAAUUUUCACUUUGUCGGAGUUUGCUCAAAGUACGCACGUAUCAGUUUGCUGUUCAAUCAAAGUUUAAUACAAAAUUCACUUGUAAAAAUUCUGACCAUAAAACUAAAAACGAAUCAGAGAUUGUGAAGCAGGAACCUAUCAAGUACUUUGGAAGUCCGACGGCUCGUUGGAAGGCCGAGCAUACCAGGAGUGGUCCGAUAAACGAACAUGCUCCUUGGUACCAACCGUAUGUUGUAAUAGCUAGCGUAUCUGUGUUUUUAAUUUAUUUUUGCAUUUUACGCGAAGAAAACAAUAUAGAUCGAGAUCUUGAACGAUCACUCUAUGACCAUAUACCGUGGUUAGAACAUAAACAAUUAGUGCUGAAUUAUCACUAUAACAAAGAAAACGGUUUGAGCACAAUUGAAAUCGAGCAAAGGAUGAAAGAACUAGGGAUUGAGAUAAAUUAGGGUUUUUACCACUUUCAUAGUAAAUUUAUUUCUUGAGCA